AUGUCUCAAAAUCAAACCAAAAUCUCAAGCGAAGAAGAAGAGGGCAUUGUACGAGCACUUCAUCUUCCCUGCGGUUUGUUUCUGCCUAUGGUUUUGAAAGCUGCAAUCGAACUUGAUUUGUUCGAAAUCAUGGCAAAAGCCGGUCCUGCAGCUCAAUUAUCCUCAGAUGAAAUCGCCGCUGCAAUUCCUUCGAGGAACCACCACGCUCCGGCGAUGAUUGACCGGAUGAUGCGGUAUCUGGCCAGUCAGUCCUUUCUUGAUUGCAGUACCACUGGAGGCGAAAAUGGAAUUGUUAAGAGGCUAUACAGUUUGGCGCCAAUUUGCAUGAACUUUUUGAGGAAUGAGAACGGAACAUCUCUCGGUUCCUUGUUACUCGUUCCUCUUGAUAAAGUGAUGCUCGAGGCUUGGUAUAAUCUGAAGGAUGCAAUUCUUGAAGGUGAAGUACCAUUUGAGAGGACCCAUGGAAUGAGUAUAUUUGACUGCGCAAGGACAGAUGAUAGAUUCAAUAAGGUCUUGAACAAUGGAAUGCAAAGCUAUGCAAAAAUAGCCAUGAACAAAAUAUUUGAGGUAUACAAUGGAUUUGAGGGAGUAAAAGAGAUUGUUGAUGUGGGUGGUGGACUUGGUGGGACAUUGAACUUGAUAGUUUCAAAGUACCCUAAUGUUAAGGGAAUUAACUUUGAUUUGCCCCAUGUUAUUAAAAAUGCACCUACUUAUUCAGGGGUGGAGCAUAUAGGAGGGGACAUGUUUGAAAGUGUUCCGAAAGGAGAGGUUAUCUUCAUGAAGUGGAUCCUUCAUGACUGGAGUGAUGAACAUUGUCUUAAGCUAUUGAAAAACUGCUGGAAAGCCCUAUCUGAAACUGGUAAGGUAAUAUUGGUGGGUGUAGUGUUGCCAGAGUACCCAGAGAAUGAUCGGAUAUCCCAAAUUGGCUUCAAUUCUGAUAUGGCUAUGAUGACUACAAACAUUGGAGGGAAAGAGAGAACCAAAGAGGAAUAUGAAAACUUGGCAAAACGUGCAGGAUUUACUCAUUUGAAACUUGUAUCCAAAGUAUAUCGUGAUUGGAUAAUUGAAUUGUACAAGAACUAG